AUGAGUGAGCUAUCAGUAGCCUUCGAGACAUCCACCACAAUGAGAGUACUGGUUUUGUCUGCCCUCCUGGCCUGCGUGUCAGCUGCACCAUCACACUUGGUGCCAAUAGGACUGGCUGCGCUGCCAGUGGCUGCUCUGCCAGUAGCCGUACCAACAGUGCCUUCCGGGGAUCUACAGGCAGCUCUUAUUGAUGCUCAGGUCAAAAUCAACGAUCAGGCCCAAGAGAUAGUGGAUCAGGCGAGAGCACGAGCUGAAAUGGUCGUGGAGAAUCAGAAUGAAGGAGUUCUGGAAGCGAACGACCUUGUCAAGGAGAAAUCCGAAGAAGCCUUUUGGGCAGCUGAAGAGAAGAAAUGGCAAGCACUUAAUGAAGCUCAAGUAGCUGCUGCUAAAUUAGACGCCUCUGUGGCUAGUAGCAUUGCUGCUUACAAAGACGCUCAAGUUUUACCCUAUGCUGCUAGUGGAAGCCCAAUGAUUGCUGCAGCAGUUCCUAGCGCUGCUGUUACAAGCGCUGUAUCUGCUGGAGAAGAAAAAGCUGACGUCAAAAGCGUAGCUGCUUCUGAGGUCAAGAGUGAAGGUGAAGUAAAGAAAGAAGCUAUGUCCGAAAUGAAAACUGAAGACAAGGAGAGUGUUGAGGUUGGUGCCGUUGAUGUUAAAUCAGCUGAUAUGAUGAAAUCUGAUAGUUUAAUGGCUGCGGAGAUGAUGAAGGAGAAUGCCAUGGCUGAGUUGAAGAAGCUCGAUAUGUCUCUGCAGGCUUUGAAGACUGCCUAUUCCUCUCAAGUCGCGGUAGCACCACCUAUCAUUCCAUCCCCGAUAGCUUAUUCAGCGUACAAAGGCUUCCCCGUCGCAGCAGUAGCUUACCCCGUAAAAGAGAUAGAAGAUGUGGAAAGGGUAAGAGGAGAAGAGAUAAUAGAAGCUCAAAAUGCAAGAGUUGAGGAAGGUUAUGGUAUGGCAGAAGAAAAACGUAAAGAAGCCUUACGUGCUCUUGAGGAUAAGAAAUUUGAAGCAUUGACUAAUAUCCCAAUAGACGCAGCUACAGUUGAUUCAUUUACAGCCACACAUCUUGUUACUAAUACUGAUUAUACUGCUGAAACUUUUAAAAAUAAUGACAAAAAUGCAGACGCAUUAGCUGUUCAAAGUCAUAAUAAAUUAGAAAGAAAAGUUGAAACAAUAUCUGAUAUUGUAAAUAACAACAAAGAGAAAGUUGAAUGUGCCGGUCCCGACCUUAUGAGGGUAGUUGGGAAAUCUAAAGAGGAAAGUAUAGAAGAAAUGAUUUCUAAUGUAGAAAGGUCUGAAAGGUCCAGCGUCUAUAAGGAACCAGUCAUCGAUGAAUUGGUGAGGCUUGGAGACGAAAUCCGAAAGUCGGUAGAUUUAGCCCAAGAAAUUCUUGUAAAGCUCGAGGAGAAGAUAAGGCAAAGAGAGCUCAAAGAUAAAGAACUUGCUCGACGAAAGGCCGAAGAAGCAGCAUUUGCUGCAGACAAGAAGAAAUGGCAAUCACCAAAUAAAGAUCAGAUCGCUUUUGUUGCCAUCCUCGGCUAUGCUUCAGCUAGCGCCAUCCUCUCCCCCCUCGUGGUAGGAGCCAACCCUGGUGACGUCCAGGCUGCAGUCAUUGACGCAAACGUCGCUGCCAGGGACGCAGUCCGGUCGAUCGGCGAAGGCCAGGCCAGAGCCGCUGAAGCCGCGAUUCAGUACAACACCGAAGCCGUCCGCCAAGUCGCUGAAGCCAACCGCAACCUCCAGGAGAACGCCUACUGGGGCAGCGUUGCCGCUAACCAGAACUUAGUCGCUGCUGCUCAAUCCCAGGUCGCUGCUGUUGAUGGUGCCGCUGCUGCUGUUCGUGCUGCCUAUGCUGGAGCUCCUCUCGGUUACGCCGGUGGUCUUGCUCUACCUUACGCCGCCGCUCCUUUAGGUUUAGCCGGUUUGGCCUACGGAGGCAUCCACGGCCUCCGCGCUUGUUAG